UUAUCUCAGUUGCAUAUCAGACAUUCGCCGUGCUGAACGUCGGGAAGUUAAUUAUUUAGAAUAUUUUUAUUUUUUUUUAAUUUAAGAAAAAUACAAUAAUUUGCAAUUAAUUUUUGUUUGUUGUCGAUUGAAUUCUUGUGUUAUGUGUCGUGUUCACAAUCAUAUAAUCAAUUAGAGUCCUCAGCAAAGGUGGCACUAUUAAUUAAAAUCCAAUGAAAUUUAAUUUUAUUUAAAUAAAUAAAUUUUCCAAUUUAAAAAUUUUUGUUCUUGAUCAUUGUAUAAAGUGUUUGUAUCGAGUAUUACGGGCAUUCAAAAGAAGCUCACGCGUAUCCGCCCCGAUCCACCUCAAAAUCUGUCGAACGUCAAUAAAUUCGUUUCUUUGCGGUUCAAUUUUUGGCACAAACGCCAACGUCACAAAGUGUUUUAAAUAAAUAAAAGACAUGAGUUUAGAAUCAAUUAAAUAUGCACCAGGAAGAUUGGAGAUACUGGAUCAGUUGCUGUUGCCGGUACAGUCAAAAUACCUAGAAGUGAAAGGAGUUGAAGAUGGCUGGAAGGUUAUCAAUAAAAUGCAGGUGCGCGGUGCUCCAGCGAUUGCAAUUGUGGGUUGCCUUUCACUAGCUGUCGAAAUCUUCGGAGAAAAUUUUGAAACAAAAAAAUCUUUGCGACAGGAAAUCGAAGGCAAACUAAAUUACUUAGUUUCAGCUCGUCCGACUGCAGUUAAUAUGAAGAUUGCUGCCGAUGAACUUAUCGGUCUGGCAAAUGAGUUGACCAAAGACGAAAAUGUAACGACAGAAGCAAUGAAGACGAGAUUUCUGAAAGCCACUGAAGAUAUGCUACAAAAAGACAUUGCUGAUAAUAAAGCCAUUGGUACAUAUGGUGCAAAGGCUAUACUUGAACGCUUCACCAAAGAAGCACCAGUGCGUGUGUUGACGCAUUGCAAUACUGGUUCAUUAGCGACGGCGGGUUAUGGUACCGCGCUAGGCGUGGUGCGAAAAUUACAUGAACUAAAACUAUUAGAGCAUGUCUAUUGCACUGAAACUCGUCCAUAUAAUCAAGGUGCACGAUUGACUGCCUACGAGCUGGUACACGAGAAAUUGCCAGCUACAUUAGUUUUGGAUAGCAUGGUGGCGGCACUCUUGCGAGCGAAACAUAUAGCAGCAGUUGUUGUUGGUGCGGAUAGGGUUGCUGCUAAUGGAGACACUGCCAAUAAAAUUGGUACCUAUCAGAUCGCUGUAGUCGCAAAACAUCAUGAUGUACCCUUCUACGUUGCUGCACCGCUGACCUCCAUCGAUUUGCAAAUUCCAAGUGGUGAUCAUAUUAUUAUUGAAGAACGACCUGAUCGCGAAAUGACACAUGUAGGUGAGCACAGAAUCGCUGCACCAGGCAUCAAUUGUUGGAAUCCCGCCUUUGAUGUUACACCUGCUUCAUUGAUAACUGGUAUCAUUACAGAAAUAGGCGUAUUAACACCACAGCAUCUAAAAGAAGUAAUAAGCGCUAUGUGAAGAAUUUAUAAAAUGUGUGAACUAUAUUUUGUUUCUGUAAUUGCAAAAUAUAUAAAUAGUUAACGUGAUAUUACUA